UGGGACUAGUGCAUCGAGUUCCUGAGAGGGCUGCUGUAAUAACUAUCGCUUAUCUACCAUUCUUCCUUUCCCCCUCAUGAGCGUAGUAGAUCUCUUGACCGGUGUGGGGAUUCCUGGUUUACAGAUUGGUGCCUCUCUCUUGCAGGCCACGUAUACCAACCUAGAGAAUGUGAAGCUGUAUAGACGACAAUGCACAGACAUCAGUAACAGAUGUGUUAGCCUGAUGGUAGCGCUGAGAGACAGUUCAGCAGGCUUAGAGGGUCAAACGCCCUCGGAGUUGGCAGAUGAGGUGACAGCCAUCGUCCAGCGCAUCCACAGAAAGGUCAACGCCUGGGCCCAAUUAAGCCAACUACGAAGUUUCCUUCAACAAAAGGAGAUAAAGGAAGGCAUUGACCGUCUUCAUCGAGACAUUGACACGGCUGUGCAGAACUUCAACAUACAACUAAAUUUGCAGCUGGCUCGUGGGCAGUCGGAAACCAGAGCUAUCCAAGAACGUGAUAAAGCCGAAAUUCGCGAGCUGCUUGAACGAAUUGUCAACAGCAACGACGAUAUGAAGGCGCUAACAGAGCAUCCGGAUAUGAUUGAAGAUGUCAUGGUGUCCCUGCAGAAUGAACUUCAUGAUUCCGAGCUGGAACCUAACCAGCAGCACAACUUCAGGCAAGGUCUGUGGGAAAUUCACGAGCGUACUUCCAAACUGCCGCCUAUGGAAGAUUUGACGGGACAGGUAACCAUUCAGAGUAUAGUUGUUCGGGGAACAUACAACGAUAUUUACAAGGGUAAAUGGCUGGACAAGGAAUCUGUGUCGGUCAGACUCCCAAGGAUUGCUGAAAGAGGCAACACAGAUGUGCAAAGACGGUUUGAAAGAGAAAUUACCAUUUGGAGGAGUUUAGAUCACCAAAACGUUGUUCCAUUAUAUGGGUUCCUGCGUAUCGACGAUGAUGUUUACUCUGUCAGCCCAUGGAUGGAUAACGGAACAGUCAAUGCCUUUAUUAGGAACAACCCAAAAGUGGACAGACUACGUAUCUUGAACGAAAUUUCAGAAGGCAUGGAGUAUCUUCAUCGAAAAAAUAUUAUACAUGGAGACCUGCGCGGGGAUAAUGUACUUAUUUCACGAGACGGAACGGCUCGCCUGUCUGACUUCGGGAUGUCGAAGGUUUUGGGAGACUGUGGGAAGGGUGCGACUUCCUCUCCGACGAUCAAUCCAAGAUGGGGCGCCUGCGAGCUUUUACAAACCGGUGGCACUAUAUCAACCUUCUCAGAUGUUUGGUCAUUCGCUAUGGUGACUCUCGAGAUAUUGACGGGCGAACAACCGUUUAGCUACAUCCAAGUGGAUGCUGUUGUACAGCAUGAAGUGUAUCGAGGACGCGUUCCACGGCGGCCUGGACCCGAUGUGACUGACCGCGGUCUCAGUAAUGAUCUUUGGAAACUAAUGCAGCGCUGCUGGCGUAAGAAACCUCAAUCGAGACCCUCGAUGACAGAAAUCAAGGAAAAGCUUCUAUUCAUCCGGGGGUUGACGUCACCUGCAGGCAAGUUUCCCUCUCCGAAACGAGGAUCCAAAAUAACGUUCAGGAGUUCAUCCUCUGCGGAUAGUGCUACCAGCAAAACUCAAACAUUUCAUUUACCAAAGUGCACUUCUCCGCCUGCGAUACAGACAGUAUCCGAAAGUGGUCGAAUUGACAGCAUACACGAGUAUGACCCCAAUCAUAUACCUUCGCCUUCUUCCUCUUCCUCUUUCCAAUCUAAAUCGAUGUCCCUUCCUAUACCGCGUUCACAUGAACGUCCAUUAUCCAGCGCGGCACCCCAGCCUCAUCCCGACCAUACUAUUCCUAGAUUAGACAUUCCAACUAGUCUGGAUUAUUCGCCUGAGUUCAAGGAUACUUUUUACUACAGCCCUGCUUCCGAUCAAGAGUCGUCUCCUGCCAGUCAAUUUUCAAGGAAGUCAAGCCUUCUACAUCUUGAAAAAGCUACACUAUCGCCUCAGGCAGAGCCUGGCGAAAUUAUAUACCAUUCGAACUCUCUGUCUGUCGUAUCUGGCACUCUGGAAGGUCUUGUUGACCGGCUCAUCAGGACGCAUAGUUUGCAAAAGGAUCUUGAAUAUCGGGAUGUUUUAUUAGCCACGUUGGUGGAUUUCACACCAGCCGAGGAUUUUUUUGCCAUGCUAGCUCGUCGCUUCUAUGAUGCUGAGGUUGAUCAGCAAUUGCAUGCUCGCAAUAGAGUCGACACACAAUACAACGUCUAUGCGGUGACCCUGUAUUGGCUGUCUAACAGUAAUUUUUAUGUGGACACGCCCUUACUCUUGCGGAUGAAGGAUUUUUGUAUCUCGUCUCUGUCUGUAAAAAGAUCUUCCACGAUGAACGACAAAGCCAAGGAGGUUUUGCGUGCCAUUGAUGCCAGAUCGGCUACUGUGGUACUACCGGAGACAUCCCCUAUGUAUGAUAUCCCAAAGUCUUCAGAGAUGCAGCCCAAGCAUUUGGCUAUCGCACUAACCCUGAUCCAGGGAGACAAGUACAGAGCCAUUAUUCCAGCCGACUACAUUCUUCACCUCAAAUGUGAAAUGGAAAACCGAGUAGAGGCUGCCAAGAAAGUUAAUAAAGCAAUUCAGUUGUGGGUCCAGAAAUCCAUCAUCUAUCCCCCUCGCCUCGAUGACAGAGCCGCGGCGUUGGUGUUUUUCGUCAACACGGGCCAGGAAUGCUUGAAAAUAAGGAACUUCGCAUCCGUGGCUGCUAUAGCCACAGCCUUGCAAUCAGAGGCCAUUCAAGAUCAUUUGAAGAUGACUCUAGGGCAGCUGACGCCUCGUCAACGACAAGCCAUGGACGGCCUCAUCAACAUCAUGAAUCCUAUGUACAAAUACCGAAGUUAUCAUACGGCCUUAGGGCAGCCUUCCCAGUUAGAUGACAGGGAACGAUGUGUUCCUUGGAUUGAUGCCCACAUCGAAGAUCUGGACUCUGUCUUACAGAACAACGGGCCCACUAUUGAGCAUCAAGGUCGCACGCUCAUUAAUUUCGAGCGACAUGUACGAUUCAUCGAUAAGGUCAAGGAAGUUUUAUAUUACAAGUCACCAGAUCUGGAGGAGUAUCGCCCACUGGGCUAUUUACGCUACCUGGAAGAUCGAUUGCGAAGUAUUCGUCUAGAUGAUCCAAAAUUCGAGCAAUUGCUGCUCGAGCGUGCGAAAGCCCGUGAACUUGAUGAAGAUCGGAUGCAUAGGAAUCGCACCCUAGAGCUACGGAGGGUUGGUUUCUCAACUGCAUCCUGACUAUCACCUCCAGACGCCUCCCUCAUUACUGAUACCCGUUGCUUCUUCAAUCUUGAACCGAUGAUGGACAUCUGGUCGCACUUGCUUAUCCAUAUAUCUAUUUAU